AUGUACUUACCCGGUAGCACGGCAUCUUUACCAAAGAAGAAAACGGGUCAAAGUUCUUCAUCUUCUACCCUUCCUUUGCCUCCUGGAGCUAUUUCUCCAGAGCAACAAUUUUAUUAUCUUCGUCUUAUGGCCAAACCUGGGCAAAGACCUCCAGAACCUAUAAAAAUAAAAUUUCCGCGUUGGCCAAAUGUUGAGGGUAGUGGUCAACAACCUUCAUCCUCCAGAAUUGUUGAGGAGCAUUUAGAGGAUCAAGCGAUGGCCGUUGUUCGAACAGUGGGACAAGCAUUUGAGUUGUGCAACCGUCUAAGUCAAGAACAAAACAAAGAAAGGCAACUUUUGGAAGAAGAAAGGGCAAUGGAUUCAGCUUUUGCUGCUGCUAGUUCAAGCUCUCUAAGAAAAAAGAACAGUAUUGGAACUGAAAGUGAUGAACAACAACAACCUUUAGAAAGGAGAAUGACCACAAAAGAAUCUCCAUCUCAUAAUUCUCCUAGAAGUGGACAACAAAAAAGGCAGUCGAUUGUAAGCUUUCUUUGA